UUGGGGAACUCCUGCACUGCCCAAGGGCCCGGGGUCAGUAGGGGGCCCCAUGAGAUGUCCCCGGUACCUUUCAUAGGCUUUUUUGGGUGUGGAUUGAGUUUGGGCGAGAGGACAUAGGGGCCCCAUGAUCCCUUAUUGCCCGGAGGCCCCAUGAGUUGUCAGUCCGCCCCUGGUAUGAAGAACCCAUGGCAGAACAAACCUGCCUAUGUACUAUAAAAAGAUUGUGAGAUGAAAGACUGGAAACCA